AUGUCGUACCACUCUAAACACACCUCCCCCACACCUCCAGAAACUCGCCCAGAACCUCGCAUAGAAGAACUCCCCAAACCCACAGACCGAAAGUCCUUGUCCACAACCUCAUUGACCGAAUCACUCAAAGAUCAAGGCCAAGCAUUCAGUCGCGCCGUCCAAAGCCUGCUCAGCACCCCGCAAUCUGCAAGGAGUGCGGGCACCACUGUUAGCGGGACUGUCCCUUCUCCUCGAGGUCGCGGGAGUCGCAGCCCGGUCGAACCCCUCGUUUCCUCGCCGUUACGUAUCACCUCAUCGAUUAUGCCGUCUGCCCCGAGCUCGCCCGAGAGGCAUAGGGCCGACCCUGAUGAUAUGCCGCGGAGGUCGUCAGAAGAAUUUGCUAGGGAAGCAAGCCGGCGCGCUUCAACAACGGGCCAUGGAUUAGCUCCGGAGGAAGAUUUGAAGUUGGAUUUGUCGCCGAAUGCCGAUCAGACAGGGUCGAAGAAACACAAAACUCAAGGGCGGAAAGCGAUGGCUGCUAUGAUGUCUGGGUUGGAGUCACGAUUGUUUCCGAAGAGUUUCACGCGUGGGCGGGAUUCGAGUCGUGGCUCCAGUCGGAGGGGCUCCUCUGUUGAUUCUAAGUCUCCAGCUGCAUCGCGGUCUAGUCGCUCUGCCUCACCCGAUAGCCGUGAUAGUCGCGAUCGUCAAUUCGGAGCGUCUCAGUCUCCGGCUGAAGAUAAACGCAGGGGACUUAAUUAUGAUUCAGCGUUGAACAGGUCGGAUGAGGGUUUGGCAAAGCCGUCUAGCACACCCAGUUUACCAGAUUACGUCAAACCAACUGAGGAGGAGCCUGGUGUGCGGUUAGCUAAAGACGUGUUCGAUAGCGACAAGAACAUUAUCGAAAGCAGCGAGGAAGAGGACGAAGUAUCGACCGAUGACGACAAUGCUGGAGUACACUCAAGAGGUCGCAAGAAGAGACCCACUGAUAUUAGUUCCAUAAGCCAAAGUGACUUCAAACCAAAGAAGGGGAACAAAUCCCCAGUCACAGAAGAUCAGAAACCAACGGCCAAAUCUGGAGACAGUGGGGUCAAGAAGCCUCGAAAGUCGGCAUUGAAACCGGUGAUUCACCCCCAGACAAGUUUCGACAUCCCAACACCAGCUACACAAUCGGCGGCCGGUACGCCAUAUGGGUCGGAAGAUGAAGCUGAACGAGAUGAUAUCCAUCGUGCACAACAACUCGGUAUCUCAAUGUCAGCAAUCGACAAUCGUGUUCCCAACCGAUCUAUCCGUACAAUCAUUCGUGGGAACUUUGCCAGUCUCCAAGAAGAGGCGGAUGGUGGCCGCCGUCGCCAACGAAAAUACUUGGUUGCCACAGAUCUGAGCGAGGAAUCAGUCUAUGCUCUAGAAUGGACCAUUGGUGCUGUUCUUAGAGACGGAGAUACCAUGUAUGCCCUCUAUGUCAUACACGAUGAUGGGAAUGCUUCAUCUGUACAAGUUGGUGAGGGAGCCAAGGCCAUGCAAGAUGCCGCUGCCGUUGUGGGCAGUCAAACAAAAGAAGCCACCCUAAACCCAGGCCGGAACCUAUUAGGUCGUUUAGGCCCAGGGGUUGCGAGCAAAUCUGGCUCUGUCGAUGCCAGGGCAUCAUCUCUUGCGGAAGCUGAGCGAGUCCGAGCAGUUGAAACUGUGUCUGAUACGUGCGUCAAGUUGCUACGGAAGACGGUUUUGCAAGUUCGGAUUGCCGUUGAGGUUAUCCAUUGUAAAAGCCCGAAGCCUAUGAUCACCGAAGCUAUUGACGAACUUGAGCCUACCCUUGUGAUUGUGGGUGCCCGAGGUCAGAGUGCCUUGAAAGGUGUGCUCCUUGGUUCAUUCUCCAACUAUCUACUUUCCAACUCAUCUGCCCCGGUGAUGGUUGCUCGCCGCAAGCUCAAGCGACACCCUUUAAAGGGUAGAUAUAACCGCGACCUCCGUUUGACCAACAAUCUCAAAACGCCAAAAAGCCUCACCCAAGCCAAGGUGGACUAG